CUACCUGGUACACAUGUCGAGCAUCCGAGGGCUGCUCCAGCGCAAGCAAGAUGGCUCAGCCGUGCCUAAUACCAACGGGGAUAUGAACGAACAUGACGGACAGAAACAAGAAGGAGACGGCGUCGACGACGAUUCGGUCAAGCCAACGGAGCAAAAGAAGAAGGGUGGGUUUGGGUUUGGGUCGUUGGUCGCUCCCAAAUUUAUGACUGGCCUGAAGAACUUGAACCCGCUAAAGAACUUCAGCAAAAAGAGUGAGGCAAAGCCAGGGACCAGGGCACCCCCGCCCCCGCUCAAGCAAAUCGUUUGGCUGUUUGGUCCGAAGCAUCGCGCCGAGCUGUGGCAAGUGUGUCCGUUUUUGCCGUUGAACGCCCUUGGCUGCCUCGCGCAAGUCAACGAAGCAGCCAACGAGCACAUGAUUGCGUACUUUCGAUCCCCUCUUCUCACAGUCCAACACGUCCUCUCCACGCGAUUUCUCGUGUUUCAAACACUACUGCGCGACCACACGUUGUCGCGAAACCGAGUGGCCACCGACUAUGACAUUCCGUCGCUCGUGUUGGCGUACCUUCCCAUGAAAGAGCAAGUCCACAUGUCCCAAGUUUGCCGUCGACUGGCGGGCAUCUACGCCAAAGCGUGUGGUUUGCACUUGUGCGGGCGCCACCAACUUGCAGCAUUUUUGCGAGGCUACGACGUCGAAAGCAAAGCGUUUUGGACGGUGCGGGCUCGGUAUGGUCGCAUUCGACACCUCAGUUGCGCGUACGUUACGGCCACGCAGCUCGUGCUGGUGACGUGGCUGCUUCUCCACGACUGCUUUCCCAACGUGACGUCCAUUUCGUUCUCGCACGUGACUAUGGAAGGAGGCCAGACGUCCGCCAUCGACUUGGCCACAAGUUUAGUCACCAUGCUCGAGCACAUGGGCAAAGGCCAACUCGACUCGAUCGUGCUGCGAGGAAUCCCCUGGACGGACCCUGCCUAUGCAAUCUUAGUCGACCAUCUGUACUUUCACCCUUUAACGAACCUCAAACACUUGGACUUGGCGGACAGCCCCCUCCCUCACGUGACGUGGGUCCGCAUGACGCCCAGCUUUGUUCGAGAUCACUUUGCCCACUUGACGUCGUUCGAUGUUCAAAACACUGCGCUGACGAGCGAAAGUUUCCCAGCGCUCCUGCACGUGUUAGCGCAUAUGCCGCACUUGAUGCACUUGAACAUCUCACGCAACGAGUUGGCCAUUGGCGCCUGGAAAGACCUAGCGGCGCACAUGCUGCUCGACCCCGCCGUCAGUGUCUUUCACACGUUGCGAUCGUUUGACUGCAGUGGGUGCAGUUACAACAUCGAGGGCAUGCUCGUGUUUAUGGACGCCUUGUGGCAAUGCACGUGUCCUCAUUUAUCGCAUCUCAACGUGUCUGGCAAUGUCAUAACGAAGGACGCCAUUGUGGGGCUCAGUCGAGCGUUUGUACAUGAAACGGUGCCGAGUUUGAGUCACUUGAACCUCGCCUCAACGGCCCUGACCUCCGAGUGCAUCCAAAUGCUCAGUGCGGGGUUCACAGGUCGCCUCUUUUACCACACAAGCAAGAAAAUCCACCACGACAUGCCGGGCCAGUCCCUAUCGUAUUUGAACCUCACUGGAAACGUCAUUGGCAAAGGCGUAGAGUUCCUUUUAGCUGCUUUGAAAGCUCACGCGCUUGCAUCCAUCGACCAGCUUGUCUUGGCCAAAACGCACCUUGGAACGAGCGAGUUUGACUUAUUAGCUCAAACAUUUCAACACGAUUGCUGCCCCCAAUUGACGUCGUUGGAUUUGUCAGAUAACCAAGCCAAAGGAGAAGGACUGACGCGCUUUUGCUACUUUUUCAGCACUCCCGCCGCCGCCCGCGUCCGUCACUUGGACCUGAGCCGUACAACACGUCGACAUUUUGUGAUUUGAUAUCAUGUUUGUAGACAAUUUACUCGACACGUAUUCGAUCCAUCGUUUGUCCGAAACGUUACGUCGCAGCCAGUGCAUUCGUCUGCACACACUCAACGUCGCGCGCAAUUAUAAGCUGGAGUUUCAAACGUUGUACCAUUUCAACGAGACGGUGCGGUCGGGGGCGUGUCCGUCGCUCCGGUGCUUGCAAAUCGGCGAUGCGGUCACUCCGGACGCAGGGCAUCGUAUGGUCCAGCGAUUGAACCAGACGGCGUCCUCCUUGGAUGUGGUAAUACCAUUCAUUCGACUUAUAUUGGUGUAUUUUUGAGGAAAAUAUAUUAUUUCAACUAGGCGACGCAACGCGACUGCAUGCGCGAUGCCAAGCGGCUGGCGUUCACAAAACAAAGCGAACUGGACGCCAUAGCGACUGACGUGCGGACCAAGAUGAAAUGUGCGAUCCGCCGCGAGCUGUACGACCGCCUCGAGGCCGAUGCCGCCAGCGCCAACCUCCGCGUGCAUCCAGUCAAGCAUACCACAAAAACCAAGCUCGCCAUCCACCGCAAGAUUCAGCAAGAGAUUCUAGACACCGUCGGCCGUUAAAUAAAAUGGGAUUGCCUUCGUGUGUGUGCAA